AUGGCCCGCCAAGUUGUGCAUGUGCAUCCUAAUGUGGCGGUCGUUCCGAGAACGAGCGGUCACUCAACUCCGUCACACAUGUUCUUACGUUCAGAGAUUUCUUUAAUAAAGCAGGGCCUUCGAGCUGUCCCCGACACUACAGCCAGUGGAGGCACGCUCACGUGCACCUCAGAGAAGGCAGCCGGAGGCUACAGCCCGAUCGGAAUGACAUUGGGUAGAGCCGAUAGGGGAGGGGAGGGCGUUGAACUCUCCCAGACCAGUUCUUCGAGCUCCCCUCGUCUUCUUGUUGCACUUCCAGCUCCUUCCAUCGGCCAGGCUCGCUUACAGAGGUUACAGAGGUUCGACAAUUACCGACAGAGAUAUCGAGACAACGAAGAUAACCAGAACCGCAAGGCGACCUUGAUAGGGUCAUUCAUCGUGUCGCCGGAAGGUAGCGAGUGUAGGGAACCCGGAAGUGACAACAGAUGCACUCAUUAG